GAGUCUAAGGUCAUGCAGUGAAUGUAUUAAAAACAAAUACGUAAUAAAUAACAAGUGCUAAGAAAUACGGUUCCUUAAAAAUGUUUAAAAACAACGUUUUAUUUUGUACGCUUUUUAUUUUUUGUUUACAUAUAAACAAAACUAAAUCUUGUGAAUCAUUUAAAAACAUCCGGGUGACUUACAGUGUUAAACGAAGUGAGCUGCUUCAAGACGAAUACAUAUCCGGUUGUAUAACUUCGAAUGCUUUUUUAUUUCAACCAGUUAAGAUGGAAAUCGAUGGCUUUAACGGAUCCAAAUUCAGAACACUGCCAAAAGGUGCCUUUGAAAAUCUUGAAGAACUCGAACACUUGACUAUAAACUUUGUCGAUUUGCAAACUAUUGAAAGUAAAGCAUUUAACAAGUUACCGAAGUUAAGCCACGUCCACAUCACGGACAACAACUUGACAACAUUCUCAUCAACGGUCUUUCAGCGUCAGGUGCGUCAACAGAUCAAAGUGCUCAACUUGUCUGCUAACCAUUUAAGUGAUAUGGAAGGGUUCGCCAACAUGAAUAAAUUAGAAAAGCUGGAUCUUCAUGAAAAUAACUUAGAAGAAAUAGAUACUGAUUGGUUUCUGUUCUGUUGGUACUUACAGUCUAUAAAUAUGAAUACAAACAAAAUUAAACAAAUAGGAUCAAAUAAUUUUAUGCACGUACAUAUGUUAAGAGAGUUAUUUUUAGAUGACAAUCAAAUAUCGUCAAUUGCUUUAAAUAGUUUCAAAAAUCUUGAAUAUUUGAAAAUUUUAAGUUUACGCCAUAACGAACUACAAUAUCUUCAAGCUGAUAUAUUUGGAAAGAGAGAAGUGGUUUUAGAUAGUUUAUUAUUGAGUGGAAAUCUAAUCAAUUAUUUGGAUCGUGAAUUUAUGCAGAAAGUGACAGUUGGGACAUUGUUAGUUGAUGGAAAUCCGUUGAAGUGUGCUUGUUUGGAUAAAAUAAUAUCAUGGAUUGCAAGCACAAAAGGAACGUUAUUAAGUUGUGACUUACCCAUUUUACCAUCAUGUGUCGUUGCUUCAGAUUUAAAUUGUACAGAAACUCUGGUUGAAGAUCUAACACGUGAAUUUUUAAGCUAUGCCAAAACAAAUGUUAAACAAUCAGAUUAUCUUUGUAUAAAUUUAGACGUAUAGUAUGAUUUAAUCUGAACUUACCUUUCAUCGAUCCGUAAUCAUUUAAUAUAUUCUCUUUUGUUGCACUUACUUUGUGUUCUACGACAUCUGUAAAACUAUUGAUAUUGUAAAGAUAUUGUAAAUGAAGUACGAAAUAUACAGCAAAAA